AUGAGGGUGAUCUGCAACGCGCAGUUGGGCUCUGCCUUGUCCUUGAGGAGCUCCGCUCGCCUCAGCCCGGCAGUGUUGGCUUCCGGCUUCACCCAAACGGGCCUCGCCACGUUCCUUCGCAGCUGCAAGCGUUUAGACAGCACUCUGUCCAUGCUCGGCAGGGGCCGCCUUGGGUCCUUGUUGUUCGCCUUUGACUACGCCACGCUGGGCCCCACUUUGUCGCUCCGAUCCUUCGCACGGCUCGGCAGCAGCCUGUCGUGCGCCAGCACACUUUUGGCACCCAACACCGUCCGCUUCACCUCCAACACGUACAUGUACUACGACAGCGCCACACCCCUCUUGCAUUGGUACAUGAACGGGGCGCAGGUCAUGUCCAUGAGCAACACUGGCGGUCAGCUGCAUGGUACCUGGACGGAAUCCGGGACCUGGGUGACCUCUGACCGCCGACUGAAGAAGGACGUCAAGCCCCUCACACGGACCUUGCGGGACUUCCUGAAGCCCCAGGUCGAAGAGGCUGAGAGCACCCAGAUGGCACUCCAAGCGAGCACCCAGGAGAAGAAGGGUGAAGAUGCAGGAGCGCUUUGGGUGCUCAGGCAGCUGCGGCCUGUGUCCUACUACUUCAAGAAGGGCAGCGAGUCCAAGUACAUGCGCUUCGGCUUCAUCGCCGACGAGCUCGAGUCCGUGGUGCCGCAAGUGGUGCGGCACAAGCGCGGCACAGACUACUCGGACGAGAAAGCUGUGGCCUACACGGAUCUCAUUGCCCUGCUCACCUCCGCUGCUCAAGGUCAGCAGCAAGUCAUCGAACGGCAGCAAGACCGCAUGGACAAGCUGCUGAGUGACUUCGCCCAGCUGAAGACGGAGCUGGUGACCAUGAAGCAGGAGGAGAUCGAGUCUGAGCCUCCUCGCAAAAGCCUCCGCGGAGAGAAGAAGAAGAAGAGAAGCGGCAAAGGCAAAGCCAAGGAGAAGCUCGCGACAGUGACUGCCAACACCACCAACACCACCAACGCCACGAACACGCCCGAUAGCUCAGACGUGGCGUGA